CCGAACGGGUUGCUGGCAUCCAACCGGUGUGUCGUGGUUACCGCUUUUCCGUCCCACAGUUUUCCCUUUCUCCUCGAUCGUGCGUGCGUGUGUGACUAACGUGCGACGCUGUGUGUGUUUGUGUUUAAUGUACGUGAUCCUCAUCUUCCGUUCGCAGCCUACUCCACGUCCGCUACCAGUAGUGAACUGUAAACCGCCCUUUCGUGUCUCGGAAUAAACACGGAAGCAUUUAACACCAGGCUGUAGCCGUUAAACGGUGAAAAGUGUUGUGCGCUUUUGAAAUUGAAAUUGAGCGUAACCGAAAACGCUCCAUUCUGGGGAAGUGCGUGUUUAACCAUCAAACGACGAAGCCACCGUGCAGUGUCGUGCCGCAUCUGGCGUGAAAGAAAGUGCCGAAAGAAAAACGCAAAGUGCUGUGUGCUUUUUUGUUUAGUUUGUUUGGUGUGUGCAACGUGACUAACGAGGUGAUCGAGACGAAAGUAAAAGUGUGGACCGAAAAAUUAAAGUGAAGAAAGUGAAAAGGCGCAUUUCGCGAAGGGCAAAAAGCCGGCACUUGGUGGUGGAUGUGUUGUUAGGUCAUCGUGUCCCGAGAGUUCAUUAGUUGUUCGUGACCUCCCCUGGGGGGGACUACUGGGUGGACGCGAGCAAGUUCUGCUUCGAAUCCGUCGAGCCGAUAGUGGUAGAUCAACCACGGAAGCAAUAACAUGAAACUAUCUAGGCAUGCCGAUGGCAUGCAGAUACGGGCCCUGCUGCGAAAGGAUUUCCUCGUCCGGAUACGACAACCAUGGAUGACGCUCGUUCAGUACCUUUGGCCAUGCAUGAUCUUUGUCGCACUGUAUAUCGUGAGGAAUCGCUUCCAGCCGGCCACAAUUGGCGACUGCCAGUUCCCCACGCGAAACCUGCAGGCCAACGGCAUCCUGCCCUUCUUCCAGUCCUACAUCUGUACCUUCGAGAACGAGUGUUCCGAUCCCAAGGCAUUCGCUGAGACGGAGGAGUUCAACGACGCACCCGUCACACCGGUUGUUAACAUUGUGCAAACGUUCUUGGACAAUCAAGCGCUGUACGAUGCCAUCGUGGACCUACCGGCUGACCGGAACUUUAUUAGCAGCGUUACUACGAUCGUAACGCACGCCAAAUUUAAGGAUAUCGAGCGUAAUGGCGAUCGAUUGGUAAAGAUGUUGCCCGGCAUCCGCGAGAAGGUUGGCGAAAAUUUUGACAUUGAGCAGCUGUUCUCGGACGAUCGGACGUUCUCGAAAUCAGGGAACAUUCUGUGCGGUCGACCGUUUCCGCGCAGCGAUAACAUCCGCUUCGUGGACAACAUUCUGUACACGCCCGACUAUGCCGGUCCCGAUAAGGACGAGCUGAGCGUUAUGCCGACGCCCUACUGCAAGCAGCUCUACCUGGACGUGACCAACACGAACAAUGGGAAGAUCACCUGGCGUUUUCUGAAACCGAUCCUUCAGGGCAAGAUACUGUACGGUCCGGCGAGCGAACGGAAUGACGAAAUUAUAUCAUUUGCUAACAAGACGUUCGCCGACAUGGGACGACUGAGGACGUUCUUCCGAUCGCUAGACACUACCUUACAGCUGCUGCGCACAGAGGACGAGGUUCGGGAAAGUUUCCAAUCGCUGGUCGAGCUGGCCAAGAGUCCAUUGGUGCAGAUGCUGACCGGUGGCAAUGUGAACAUGGAGCUGAUCGAGGGCAUCGUCAAUGGAAUAAUGAACGAUGAAUCGGUCGCCAAGGCUGUCAAUACGAUUUCCAACAUAUUCGAUUGCUUCUCGGCCGAUCGCUUUAUCCAGGUACCGAACGAGAAGGUGCUGGAGGAUCGAGCGUUCGAGCUGAACCGCAAGAAGCUGUUCUUUGCGGCGGUUUUCUUCGAGAACGAUACGGAGGUUGGUGAGAAUGGCAUCACUUACAAGAUACGGAUGCGUACGGACGAUACACCGGUGACGAUAGAGGCUAGGAAUCGCUUUUGGUUCCCCGGACCCGAGGCAAGCUUCGAGCUGGAUAUGCGUUACCAUCGGGGGUUUGUGCAGAUCCAGCACGCGGUCGAUAUGGGUAUCAUAAGGCAGCAGAAGAAGCAAAAGUUUGAUCGUGAGCGAAGUGAAUCGAACGGAGAAGCUUCGCUAUCCGGCACUGGUGAGCUAGAGCUAGACGACGAACUCGAUAGUGAUGAUGAUGACGAGGAGGAUAAUGAUAAUGAUGAGCUCGAUGAUGAGACUGAUGCGGGUGACGAAACUACAACGGUGGCAUCUAAACCCCGUACUACCACUUCAAGCCCACAAACGACGACUGAAAACCUGGCUGAACUGUAUUCAGAUCUAAGCAAACGCUUGAACGUAUCCCAAGACGUACUAGAUCGUUUCGGCGGUGGAGCAGGAAGCAAUCGCACUGCUCUGGAUGAUUUCCUUGAUUUUAAAGAUGAAGAAGAAACGGAAACAGAGGCCAACGAUGCGACGACAACAACGCGCGCUAUUUUGAGCAGAAAGAAGCGACAAUUCAAUUUGCUAGAUCUCUUCCUGGGUGGUAAGAAAAAGACCUCCGACGACGUAACGUACCGUGUGGCGGAUGAAAAGUUCUAUACGAAGCAGUUCCCCUAUCCAAAGUACACCAAAGAUGACUUCAAGAAGGGAAUCUACAUUGCCCAGAUAGUACAGAUGGCCUACUUCAUUGCGCUCAUCGUACACGUCGCUUCGGCCGUUCAGCAACGGAUCUGGAUGAAGGAGAGCGGCAACUCGAUGCUGAUGCGUGCGAUGGGCCUAAAGUCAGGCUCGGAGACCGUGGCCUGGACGAUUACUACGUUCAUCGAACUGUGCCUGGUGUUUCUGAUAGGGCUGAUCAUCCUGUACGAAGCUGACAUACUCAUCUACUCGAGCCAAAUCUUCCUGUUCUGCUAUCUUGUCGUGUUCGGUAUUUGUCUGAUCGGAUUCUGCUACAUGUGUUCGAUGUUUUUCAAUUCGGCCAGCAGCGGUUCGGUGUCGAGCGUUAUUCUGUUUCUGAUAACCUUCCUACCGUACAUUCUUAUCAUCUCGCUCGGGACCACAUUGUCGGCGGUUGGUAAGUUCUUCGCCAACCUUUCCUUCUCAACCGCCUUCUGCUAUGCCUGGCGACACGUGAUGCGUAUGGAAUUGCAGAACCGCGGUGCCAGCUUUGCGAAUGCCUUCCGCGGUGACCUGGCGAACAAUGAUCUAAAGUACGGUAUCUUGAUGAUUCUGCUCGAUGCCGUCAUCUACUUUGCCAUCGGAUACCUGUACCAGUGGUUUAAGCAAGAUGAGACCACAUUCCAUACGGUGCGACGCAUUAGGCUGGAUAAGAGUGUCGGAGCUGAUCUGCGCAACGUAGAUGCAAGCUAUGAGAAGGGUGGAAAGAAGGUGCUGAGCGACGUUUCGAUAACAUUCCGGCGGGACGAGGUGACCUGUUUGUUGGGACGGAAUGGUGCCGGGAAGAGUACAAUCAUUAAACUCCUCACCGGCCAAGUGCUUCCUGACGGUGGAGAUGUCCAUCUACCGCUAGAUUACGAUUUCAUUUCCGGCAUUCGGAACAACGCGGAAAAAAUCGGCCUUUGCCCGCAGAACGACGUUCUGAUACCGAGCCUCACCGCUAAGGAGCAUCUGCAACUGUACGCUCGGAUUAAGCUGACGCGUGGAUUCGAUACGGAGGUUUCACGAACGUUGGAAAACCUGAAGAUGGGCCCGUACGCACACUACCGUGCGUGCGAUCUGUCCGGUGGAUUCAAGCGUCGGCUUUGCAUUGCGAUCGCUUUCCUCGGAUCGCCCAAUCUUGUGGUGCUGGAUGAACCGUGUAGUAGCGUGGAUACCAAGGCACGCAAGUACAUCUGGGAGUUGAUUCAAACGUUGCGCCGUGAUCGGGCUGUAAUUCUGGCAACUCAUCAUCUAGAUGAGGCCGAGUGUCUUAGCGAUAAGAUCAUUAUGAUGGAAGAUGGUAAAGCAAUUUUGGAACAAUCGCAGGAAGACCUGAAGAAGCGGUUUACGAAUACGAUCUAUCUGCGCAUUACACUGAAACCCCAGUCAGAGGUGGAUCGUAUGGCGACGGUAGCUGAGCUUACCAAACUGCUCGAUGGUUUGUCCGAUGUACGGUAUGAGAUGAGUGCCACGCUGAACCAGCUCGACUUCAAGAUUGCUUCCUCGACGAACGAUAGCCAGGUGUUGAACAUCGAACCACUGCUUGAACAUCUGCCACAACUGCGAUCGGGCCGACAGAUCGAAUCGUUCGAUAUAAGAAACGAAAAUUUGCUCAACAUGUUCAACACGGUCAAUGCUGGUGAUCCACCGCAGAGUGAGAUUCAUCGCAAUGGGAAUGGCACAAGCCAACAUCCGGUAAAUGGAUUCCAUGGUCCAAAGACGAAGCCCACGUCCCUCGGUACCUUGCCCAUGAUGGUAUCUCUGUUCCGGAAGCGUUUGUUACACUUCCUGCGUAACUACCGGCUACUCGUAUGUCUGCUCAUACUACCGACAAUCUUUGAAAUCAUUGCCAUGGGAUUUAUGACGAUGCGGCCACCCGGAGAGCAUGAUCACAUGGUGAACUUCUCUACCGCGCUCUACCCGGGUGCGGCAGAGUUUUAUACCAACGCUAGCGACACCGUACCAUUCCGCGCAACGAUCGUAGAUGAUCUCCUGCAGCACUGUAACGCCACAUCCGGUGACUGUUUUACGUUUAACUCCUCACUGGAAGCGUACGAAUGGAUCCUGGCGACCAGCGAUGAGUUUACGGAACGCCGAUACGGUGGUGUUACGGUCAAUCGCGAGAAGAACAUCGUUUGGUACAACAACAAGGGCUACCAUUCGAUGCCGACCUGGCUCAAUCUGCUCGAUACGGCCGUUCUGCGGGCGGAACUGGACGAUCCGAGCAUUGCGAUCCGCACCAUUAACCAUCCGUUGGCGAUCGAGGAAGAUGAGCUAUCGGUUUCAUCCAUGUUGCAACAGAUUGCGGAUGCAGGCAUAUCGCUGAUUAUGUUGCUAGCCUUCAGCAUGGUCAUCGCCGGUGCUUCGGUGUACAUCGUAAGUGAGCGAGUCCGUGGUGAAAAGUUACAGCAACGGCUAGCCGGCGUUAAUGUGCUGACAUACUGGACCGUGACCUACAUCUGGGAUGCGCUGAUCUACCUGAUUGCACUCGGUCUGGCGGUGAUCGUCUUUAAAACGUUCGCCUUACCAGCUUACGUAGCUCGGGAGCAACUGGAGGGCAUCUGUUUGCUGUUACUGUUCUACGGUUUUGCGGCCAUUCCGGCGGUCCACCUGUUCGAGAAGCUGUUCACCGAUGCCAGCUUUGCCAACAUGUCGAUCUUCUGCCUAAACGUCAUCACCGCGCUCGCUACGCUCACGAUCAUCAUACUGUUUGAUGUACUCGGGGAUAGUGACGAAUCGGAGCGCAUCCGUAACUUACUGAACCGGCUGUUCCUGGUAUUGCCCCAGCAUGCGCUGUCCGAUGGGUUGAUUGAACUCUCGAAAAAUUACAUAACGGCCGAGAUCUUUAAGCGGUACUAUAUCGAUUCCUACAAGUCGCCUCUGAGCAGUAACUUGUUGCAGCCGCACCUGAUCGCGCUCUUGACGAUGGGUGUGAUCUUUAUGCUGCUCAACGUUGCCAUCGAGUACAAGUGGGUGCAGAAGCUAGCCAACCGGGCAUGCUACGGAUCUUCCGAUGAGAAGGUGUACCAGUUGAAUGGUGUCGAGACCUCGGGGGCGCUGGAUCACAGUGGGGUUGGCAGCAAGAAAAAAUCGCUGCCCGCUGAUCAGAUCCUUUCGGUGGAUAAGCUAAGGAAGCGAUACGGUACUUGUGGUGGCGGUGGCGGUGGCAGUACGGGACAGGAGGUGGUUAAGAACGUAUCCUUCAAACUGCACUACGGCGAGUGCUUUGGUUUGCUUGGUACGAACGGGGCUGGUAAAUCGACGAUCUUUGCGAUCCUCUCCGGUGAGCUGCUGCCUUCCGGUGGUAGCUAUACCUUCUACAGCCAGCACGGUCCAUCGUACUGUCCGCAAAAUAACUUCCUCGAUCCACUGCUCACGGUCGAGGAGGUGAUCGCGUUCUAUGGUCAACUGCGGAAUAUCGAGUCGAUCGAGAAGCUGAUCACGGAAACGCUCAGCGAGUACCAUCUGGAGGUGUACCGGAAGGUGCUGGUGAAGAACCUAAGCGGUGGCAAUCGGCGUAAGCUGUGUGUGGCCGUUGCUUGUUUCGGUCAGUCGGAGAUCAUCCUCAUGGAUGAACCAACCAGCGAUCUCGAUCCGGUUACGCGCUCCAUUGUGUACCGUACGAUCGAGCGGUUGAAUGCCCAGAACCGCUCCAUUCUGCUCACCUCACACAGUAUCUCGGAGAUCGAUCGCAUCUGCCAACGAAUAGCGGUCCUUAGGGAUGGCCAUCUGCUGACCGUCGAUACGCCGGAUCGGUUAAAGGAACGCUUCGGUAACUGCUACCAGGUGACACUCUAUAUCGAGGGUGUGCGUGAUGUCGAUUUCAUAAGGGUGGUCAAGCGUGAAUUUAACGUAACCCGUGACAUUCUGCUACACAAUGGUUCCGUCCAGUUCGUGUGCCAAGUGCGACCAAACGGUGGUCGUGAGGAGAAUGGAAAAUCUCACAAAAAUGGUUACGUUACGAUUAUGUUGGCCGAAAAUGGAAACGGCACUGCCACGGCCGCGGGCGCUAUCCAGACGGCAAGCGAACUAUUCCUCAAGUUACAUCGAUUCGCCCGUGAGAACCAGCUACGGUACACGAUUUCAAGGUGUCAAAUGGAUCAGAUUUUUGAAAACAUUCUCCAAAACCACGACGAAGACCAUGCCAAUCCAGCGUUCGUGGAUAGCUAGACGCUGUGAAGCAGGGGAGGGUACGAGAUGUUCCAGAAAGCGUUUUGACAGCCUUCCGCAUCCGGCAGCAUGUACAUAGAUAUAAUGAUAAGAUUUUUUUUAAUGGAUCUUUUGAGAUAAUAAAUGGUAACAGUAAAA